CCACCUCUCCUGCGUAUUAAGCUCAGCCCACCUCACUCCCUCCUCCACCGGCUUUCCUCUCCUCGUCUCCUCCUCCACCCAGACGCCACCCCGGCUAUCCUGUUGCUCGAUCGAAGCAGAUGGAUCCUGCAGAACGGGCUGGCGACUCAAGGAAACCGAAUAAGCCGAAAUAUUCCAAAUUUUCACAGCAGGAGCUUCCAGCAUGCAAGCCAGUACUGACACCUAAAAUUGUCGUUACUGUCUUCUUGCUAAUUGCGUUCCUAUUCAUUCCAAUUGGGGUUGUGACUCUGAAUGCAUCACGACAGGUUGUCGAACUGGUGAAGAGAUAUGAUAUAAGCUGUGGGCCCACGCAUGACAAGAUCGGGUUCAUUCAGAAUUCCGAGACUGAAAAAACAUGCAAUAUCACACUGCAGGCGACUAAAUACAUGAAGAGUCCAAUCCUUGUAUAUUACCAGAUUGGCAACUUCUAUCAAAACCAUCGAAGGUAUGUGAAAAGUCGAAGUGAGAAACAACUCCUGUACAAGAGUGCUUCCCAUUUGACAAAAGCAUGUGAUCCUGAAACUAAUACCACUGGUGGUGCUCCAAUUGUUCCAUGUGGCCUUGUUGCUUGGAGUCUAUUCAACGACACAUUCACAGUUGAGGUCAAUGGGGAGACUAUUGAAGUAAAUAAAAAGGAUAUAGCUUGGAAAAGUGACAAGAUGCAUAAAUUCGGCAAUGACAUCUAUGCUAGUAACUUCCAGAAGGGAAAACUCAUAGGUGGUGCUAAGCUAAACCAGAGCAUACCAUUAAGUGAGCAAGAAGAUCUCAUUGUUUGGAUGCGAACAGCUGCCUUCCCAACUUUCAGAAAGCUAUAUGGCAGAAUUGAGAAAGAUAUCAUGGAGAAUGCUACAAUAACUGUGGUUAUACAAAAUAACUAUAACACAUAUAGCUUUGGAGGAUCAAAAGCGGUGGUCCUUUCUACUGCAUCUUGGAUUGGAGGAAGAAAUAAUUUCAUUGGUAUUGCGUAUCUGACUAUUGGUGCUUUAUGCCUUUUCCUUGCUAUGGGCUUUACAGUUCUGUUCAUGGUUAAGCCAAGAGAUGGAUAGAUAUACCCUUCUACAUCAAAGCCAAUAGACUGAAGUUCGCUUUCUUGGGAAUAAAGGAGGAUUUCAGUGGGUAAUUUCUUCCAGUUGGAUCUGUGGCUGUUUGUUCUUAUUCCCAUUCAGUGCGCUUGUGAUGGCUCAAAAGGAUGAUGAUCUUAUUUCCUUUGGAGCCGUGGUAGCAUGAUAAAUAUAUGAGGCAAAAUGUACUGUAAUCUGCUGUCUUAAAUGUUAUCUGACCAUGCCGAUGUCUGAAUUCUGACUAUGGAGUAAGCUAUAACAAAAGUUCGCUCUGGUAGCAGAUAUUUAUAGUUGCUCUUGCAGUUCCUGUUUCAUGCUUCCAUACUUUUACCACACAAAAGGUAUCCCUGGUGCUAAUCCUACUGUUCACGAAUGUCCUGCAAUUUCUC